GAAAAUAUGAUGGAAGGGGACACCUGUCAUCUCCAGAAGAGCUGCAAAGCCCAAACGAGCCUGACGUGGCUGUGGGGGAAUGAGGCCCCUCUUCACGACGCACCCACAAAACCACAGCACACCACUACCACGAUGAUGAUGUCCCACAUCUCCAAAGCUCUGGUCACGUCUUCAGACCUCCCAGGCAAACAACUUCAACAGCAGCCUUUGGUCUCUAAAACUUGCAUUUAAAAGCUGCCGCCACGGUCAUGGCCUCAAGAGCAGGACAUGACACUGCAGAGUUGUGGGGAGCAAAACACUCCCCACCUCAGCACUCACCAAGCCUGCAAAAUGCCCCAAGGCCAAGGGACAAGGUUGUCCCGCCCUCCAGGACCAGCAUAAAAGCCGGCCCAGAGCCUCGCUCCCUCACAGCCUUCUCCUGACACCUCCUGCCCCUACUCCUGCUGACAACCAGGUACCCUCCACAUCACAGCCAUGGCCUGCAACAACCUCUGCCGACCCUGCGGACCCACCCCGCUGGCCAACAGCUGCAACGAGCCCUGUGCCCUGCAAUGCCAGGAUUCCCACGUCAUCAUCAACCCUUCCCCUGUGCUGAUCACCCUGCCAGGACCCAUCAUGACCUCCUUCCCCCAGAACACCGCCGUCGGAUCCACCUCCUCGGCUGCUCUGGGCACUGAACUCAAUGCCCAGGGACAGCCCGUCUCUGGUGGAUUUGGCUUUGGCUUUGGCCUUGGCUACGGCCUGGGAGGCCUGGGCUGCUAUGGCAGAAGGGGCUAUGGCUACAUCUGCUAA